AUCAUCCCGGUGCCAAUCAACAGUCGAUUAGGAGCUGUUCCAUCGUCAACAUCAAUUCCCUCCUUUCGGGUUUCGGUUAAGUUCAUAAAUCCACAGAAAAGAAGGAUUCAAGAUGGUUCAUAUAAAGGAUAGGAUUCCCUCCAUUUCUGGGUCUGUUAUAAGCACGCAGUAUGACCCUUCGCUGGUCCUCCGCACGGGCCUCAGCAUCGGAUGACCUCGUUCUUCCUGGUGGCGCAGAUGGCCGGCGCGGGGUUCCUGGCGCUCCCUCGAGCCGUCGCCGACACGAGUUGGCUGGGCGUGGCUAUGAUGAUCCUCUUCUGCGGGAGUGUGGCCUUCUCGGCGACUCGCCUUGGCCGCUGCCGCUUGAUCCUGGAGGAGCGCUGGCCGGAGUACAAGGAGACCAUCCGUCAGCCCUACAUGGAGAUCGCCUUCCGGGCUCUCGGUCUCGCCGGCAGACGCGCCGCCCUCGUGUCCGUCAUCAUCAACCUCUACGGCAGCACCACCGUCUACAUCAUCCUCAUCUCGCAAAUGAUCGCCUCCAUGGAGUCCGUCCUCUCCACCUGCGCGCUCGUCCUCAUCGUCGGCACUUGCCUCAUUCCCCUCACCUGGCUCGGCACGCCCAAGGACUUCUGGCAAGCUUCUAUCAUGGCAGUGGUAUCGACCGUGGUAGCUGUAGUGGUCAUCAUCGUACAGGUUUUCAUCGAGAAGCCGUCCUUACCUGACCCCUGGUAUCCUAACCCGACCAUAGGAUCCUUUUCCCUCGGCUUCGGCGCCAUCCUCUUCGCCUUCGGGGGGUCGGCUGUCUUCCCGACGGUCCAGAACGACAUGAAAGAUCGGUCGCAGUUUUGGAAGAGCGCCCUCGUCGGCUUCGCAGUCAUCCUCUCCCUCUACCUGCCCGUCGCGAUCUCCGGCUACGCCAUUCUCGGCAAUGACGUCGAGAGCAACAUCCUCCUCUCGGUCACGGAAGGGGUCGUCGUCCAGAUCGCCAUCAGCUUGGAAAUCAUCAACCUCGUCAGUACCUACGUCAUCAGCAUCAACCCCGUCGUGCAGAGCGUCGAGGAGAUCUUCAAUAUUCCGAAUAAGUUCGGCAUCAAGCGCGUGCUCGUUCGCUCAAGCAUGGUAGUGGUUCAGAUGCUGAUCUGCCUCGCCGUCCCCGACUUCGGCCUCAUCCUCAACCUCAUCGGCGGGUCCUGCAUCACCAUGAACACCUUCAUCUUCCCUCCUCUUAUGUACAUGAAACUCAUGGACCAGAAGGACCCUCGGUGGCCCGAAAGAACUCUGCCCUUAUGGGAACGUGUCUAUCUCAUCGAAAUCAUCUGCGUCGGAGUUGUGGGCGGCAUCGCGGCCACGAUCUCUGCCUUCAUCGCCAUCCUCGACCCAGACAACUUUGGGAUGAACUGCUUCGUCAACUUCAGUGGCGCCGAGGAAUAAGCGCGGAUCUUAUAAUCUGACCAACUGCAUGUCUUGUGCAUGUGUGAUAUUUGUCCAGGUGUUUAUAUCUAUAUAUAUGAUUGUGAGUAUGAGUGCUCGUUCUGUUUUUUUUUCAUGUAUAUUUUUAAGAGGUGGCAUAGCUCUGUGGUACAGUGCUGGUUUUGCAUUUACGCUCCUGGUUCCUACUCAGCUAGUUUCUUUCAGCUCUCAGCUAUAAGUGCUGAAAUCAUCCCGAAGUCAAAGUUGGGGCAGAGAUGAAACAGUCUCCUGACCGCAUCACCCACAGCUAUGUAUUCAUGUCCCUCUACAGAUGUGUCCCCUACAUUCACUUAGAUGUGGGGCCACCUUGUGCAUAACUUGCACGAGUUCAUUGUAAAUUUUGCUAUUUUCAUGUUUCAUAAUGCCAUGUAAUAUCAAUAAAUGUUGACCUACUGCUAAGUUUUGAAAA